AUGCACGUUCCUGGUGACUUUUAUCGUUUGGAUCUGCUGAGGCUAGCUUGUGUGCUGUACGAGGACAGGCACAAGGAAGGCUGUGAAGCGGCAGAAAGAGUGAAGAUAAAAAGCUUGCAGCAGUGGACCCUCUGCAAAGAUGAGGCGGUGCCAAGGUCACUAUAUCAAAACUUUACUUUCAUCAACUCAGAAGGUGUGGCAGGUAACUAUGACGUUCCAUCUGAUGAAGACUCCAGUGGAGUGUUCUCUGCUAAUUUUGACAGGGGACGAGUUGAGGACAGUCUAAAUGGGGUGUCAAAUAAAACAGGGGAGGGAGAGAACCUGGACACCGUGGUUUGUAUGCAGUGUGAUUCUGAUGAUUCGUACAAUGACAGCUUCACCAUUGUGCACAUGAAGGCCAAAGAGGAGCAGCCUGCUGAUGGGGUGGGGGAAAGCCUGUCUUCUGAUUCGAUAGGAAGGAGCAGGGAUGAGAAUGGGGAUCAAGACAAGAUCAAACUAAAUUCCAAGCAACUUAAACAACAGGAGCCUACAAAAAAGGCAGAGACGGUCACAGCUGAAGUAAUCGAGAAAAAGAAAGUGGAAGACAACACCGGCAAGGACGCAGAGAACAGGCCCAACAAGUGCAUGCGGUGUGGCCGAGCGUUUAAAAAGUCCAGCAACCUGCUGAGCCACAUCGAAACUCACAGCGGGCUGAAGCCAUACUCAUGCGAGCUCUGCGGGAAGGCGUACUCACACCAGGGCACGCUGCAGCAGCACAAGAGGCUGCACACAGGGGAGCGGCCGUACAAGUGCCUGUACUGCGACAAGACGUAUAUCUGGUCCUCGGACUUCCGCAAGCACAUCCGCACUCACACGGGGGAGAAGCUGUAUGUGUGCGCGGCCUGUGCGAAGACGUUCGUGCGCUCCUCGGACCUGCGAAAGCACGAGCGCAACAUGCACAACAACAACAAGCCCUACCCGUGCCAGGAGUGUGGCAAGACCUUCAACAAGCCGCUGUCUCUGCUCCGGCACCAGCGCACCCACCUGGGGGAGAAGCCCUUCCACUGCCCCGACAGCGGGAAGGAGUUUGCAGUGGCCAGCAGGAUGGUGGAGCACCAGAGGACCCACACUGGGGAGCGGCCCUUUAUCUGCCCCAUUUGCAGCAAGUCCUUCACCAAGUCUUCCAACCUCUUCGAGCACCAGAACCUCCACUCGGGGCAGCGCCCUUUCAAAUGCUCGGAGUGCAGGAUGUCCUUUGCCCAGUCAUCCCGGCUCAUCCACCACCAGCGCAUCCACACCGGGGAGCGGCCCUUCGUCUGCCCAGAGUGUGGCCAGGCCUUUGCCCGCUCCUCCACCCUCAAGCGCCACCAGCAGGUCCACUCGGACAAGAAGGCCUUUCUCUGCAUGCAGUGUGGCAAAGCCUUCCGCCACGCCUCCCAGCUGACUCAGCACACCCGCAUCCACACCGGGAAGAGACCGUACCAGUGCCCCCAGUGUGGGAAAGCCUUCACACAGUCAACCCACCUCAUCCGCCACCAGAACAAACACAGCCUGGAGAGUGUUGGAGGAGACGGACUCUCUUUAUAA